AACUGUCGCAUUUUUAUAUAUGAAUUUGUUGGUACUGUUGACUACAUUUACUUUGGUUAGACUUCUGUGUACAGUCAGAGUAUGGACGAUGUAUUUGGUGAUGGAGAUGAACAACCUGAGGCUCCUCCUCCUCCUGUUUAUCUGGAUGCUGAAAUACCUAAAUGCUCAGCCAAUCUUGGCUCUGAGCUCUAUUUUGUGAAACUUCCCAAUUUUCUUAGUGUUGAGCCGAGGCCAUUUGAUUCUGCAUUAUAUGAAGAUGAAGUUGAUGAAGAUGAAAUGAUGGAUGAAGAGGGAAGAACAAGACUGAAACUAAAGGUCGAGAACACUAUUAGGUGGAGGGUUGGAAAAGAUGAGAAUGGAGACGACGUAAAAGAAAGUAAUGCCAGGGUGGUUCGAUGGUCUGAUGGAAGUUUAACACUGUUACUUGGAAAUGAGAUAUUUGAUAUCCACAAACAACAUUUGUUAAAUAGUGAUCACAGCCAUUUGUUUGUUCGUCAAGGUACAGGGUUGCAAGCACAGGCUGUAUUUAGGACAAAACUUGCUUUCAGGCCCCACUCAACAGAUAGCAUUACUCACAGAAAGAUGACACUUUCUAUGGCAGACAAGUUCAACAAAGCACAGAAAAUUCGUGUACUACCUGUGAUUGGUAAAGAUCCAGAAACAGUGAGAACUGAGAUGGUCAAGAAAGAGGAGGAAAGAGAGAGGGCCACGAUGCGAAGGGAAAGUAAGCAGCGUCGUAUGAGAGAAAAAGCAGCAUCAAGAGGCCUCAGUGCUCGUUUCUUGGAACCAGACCAAGAUGAUGAUGAUCCUGAGAGUUUGUCGUCUAUUAAGAGCAGGUUCAAGUCUGGUAGAAAGGGUUACCAGAAAGCUCAACAAACUUCUGACUUGUCAGGAUUUAUUGCUAGUGACGAUGAAGAGGGAGAGGAAGAAGAAGAAGGUGAAGGUAGUGGAGAUGAAGAAUCAGAAGAGUUGGAGCGAGCAACAAAGCUUAUGAAAGCAAAGGAAGAUGAAGGUUCAUCUUCUACUCUAAGGAAACGUACAUCUGAUGAUUUCACAUCUAGGAGCGGAAGUGGUGGAAAGCGACGCAAGCAGACUAGCAAGCGGAUUAUAGAAAGCGACGAUGAGGACAGUAGUUGAACCGAACACUUGUAGCGUCUAUUCUUUGUACACGAGACAUUGAAGCGAGACGCACUAGUAGUGCUGUUGUCACUAAAGCUGUUUGCGAAUCCUUAUUUUAUGUAGAUGAUAUCCGGGA